AUGAAGUCGAUGAAGAGCCUCAGCAUGAACAAGAUGCUCGGCGGUAUCAAGAGGAAGAGCACACUAUCGGCACCAAGCGCCUCGACAGCCGCAACCGUGCCGCAACAAGGCGAAGCCCCCGAGAAGACGGCACAUAACAGCGUGAAAGCGUUUUGCGAGUCGGGAUACAAUGUUCAGGGUGACGAAGUCCUUUUCCUCCCACCCAUUGUCGACGCCGCCGAAUCGUCCCCUGCCGCCGCCACCGAGUGCGCCCGGCUGAUCCGCAAAUUCAUGGCCAAGGACUACUAUGGCCGCGCCGCCUGGCAGUACAACGCCAUCAUGCUACUCCGCAUCCUGACAGAGAACCCGGGCCCCAUGUUCACCCGCAAUAUCGACGCCAAGUUUGUCGACACCUGCAAGGCCCUGCUGCGCGGCACAAAGGACCUCAAUGUCCGCCAGAUGCUCAUCGAGACUCUCGACGACUUUCAGCAGACCAAAUCCUACGACGAGAACCUGUCUAUCCUGCUACAGAUGUGGAACAAAGAGCGCGUAAAGAUUCAGGUCGUCUAUGGUAACGCCCCAAGAAUGGCGCCGCGCCCGUUUCUUACAGAUUCACAGCAGCAACAACAGUCGCCAAACAACACCAACGGUCAAACUUACUUUUCCCGGCAUCACACCAACAAUAAGCUGCCCGGCGCCGUCGAGCUCGUUAGCCGGCUGGAGGAAGCAAGAACGUCGGCCAAACUUCUCGAACAAGUCGUCAUGAACACGCCCCCCACAGAGACGCUCGACAAUGAAUUGAUAAAGGAGUUUGCCGACCGCUGUCUGAGUGCCUCGAGAAGCAUCCAAGGAUACAUGGUCGCCACCAACCCCGGCCCCGACAACGAGACGAUGGAGAGCCUCAUUGAUACAAAUGAGCAGCUGCAGACGGCCCUCAACCAACACCAGCGCUCUGUCCUCAGUGCUCGCAAGCAGCUCGGUCUCAACGUGCGCUCCGAGGAGACGGACUCUGCCGACGGGACACCCACACGCGAGUCCGUCUCGCCCAUCCUCGACUCGCCGGCACUGCCUGUCCGGCCCGGCAAGGGCAAGCAGACGGACCCAUACCAUACCGGCUCCGGUGUGGGCAUAGCUUCUGGCUCUGGCUCCGGCUCCUCCUCCAGCAAGGGCAAGCAUGCACAGGAAAAUGGCGCCCAUGACGACGAGGACCCCUUUGCGGAUCCGAAGUACCUAGACAAUACUCCCAACGGCGCGACCCGCUUGCGGACGAAUGAGGAAUUGCCUCAUGAGCCCUUUCAUCCGGGCUUCACCGCUGCCACGGACCCGCCUACCGGCCACCUCGCCCCCGGCCGCGGGACAGGCUCGGCGGCGACGCGGGACACGUCAAUAGAGGAUUUAUACGAUGCCGCUGCCUCGACCGGCAAGGGCAAGUCUGCCGCGUAA